GCGUCCUGAGGCCUCCGGCCGCAGCAGCCAGCUUCCUAUUGGCUUACAGCCCUGUCGCUUAAGUUCAGUUCCUACUUCCGCCCCGUUUGUUCCUUUCCUGUGAGGCGCGAGCGGCGAGAGGCGAGGAGUGAGGGCUUCGGAUCUAUCGACCGCUUUACUGCCAAGAUGGUCAACGUACCUAAAACCCGAAGGACUUUCUGUAAGAAGUGCGGCAAGCAUCAGCCUCACAAAGUGACCCAGUACAAGAAGGGCAAGGAUUCCCUGUAUGCCCAAGGAAAGAGGCGCUACGAUCGGAAGCAAAGUGGCUACGGAGGGCAAACGAAACCUAUUUUCCGGAAGAAGGCUAAAACGACCAAGAAGAUUGUGCUCAGGCUGGAGUGUGUGGAACCUAACUGCAGAUCGAAGAGGAUGCUGGCCAUUAAGAGAUGCAAGCAUUUUGAACUAGGAGGAGACAAGAAGAGGAAGGGCCAAGUGAUCCAGUUCUAAACUUUGUGUUUAAGGCAAAAGUGUUGAAGCUGUGGGAAGACAGGCUGUAGGAAAAUAAAUGCAGUAGUAACCAUAACCUCAA